CACCCCAUUGCCAAAGAAUUAAACACAAUGCACGGCGGCAUCAUAUAAACACAACUCAACCCUUCCGAUAACUCCCCAAUUCUUCCCAAUUGCCCCCUUCUUCAAACCUCCCAGCACCCCGCCACCCACGAUGGAAUACCUCUCUAUCCUGAUGCAAGCCAAACACCGUAAGCCCACCCCGUCGUCCCAAACCACACCCACCAGUCCACCUCCCCAGCCUGAAGCCAGUCCCGAUUCCCAGGUAGGCCCCAGCCCCAGCACUGACCCUAAGCAGCAACAACGUGAACAGCAACAAAAAAUCUUCGAAGCCGCGGAGCAGCGCUUGCAUGACGAAGAAGUCGAGGCUCGCAAAAGGGAGGCAGAAUCUGGGCGUAGGUAUACCUCAUCGAGUAUGGGGUAUCACCCCAGGCCUUCGCCGCCUCGGAAACCUCGGGAGCACAUGUACGGAGACAUGGGAAACUUCAAGAGUUAUUUCGGGGGACGGAUGGAGGAAGGGGUUGAAGAGAAGAGGCGGAUUUGGGACUCCUGGUUGAAUGGAUGAGUUCUGGAAUUGAGUCGUUAAUGAUUUACGACCACGUAGCUAAAUUAGUGGACUGUUAGGGGG